AUGGCCUCCUUGCUCAAGAACCUCUUCCCAAACCGAGCCUUCCGCUCUACCACCCUCAACUGCAUCCUUCCCCAAACCACCCGAUUAUCACCCGUCCUUCUGACCCUCCGCUCCCAAUCCACCUCCUCUGCUGCUGCAACACCAGGCGCAGCUCCUACUUUGGAUGUGACGCUCCGACAAGCUUUGAAAGGCUACAUGAAGUCGAGGCAGUCGUUCGAAUCGGGGGUGAUCAGAGUGAGCCCUUGCACGCUCCCACUCCCCACCUCGAGAGGAAACCGGAACGAACCCCGACUCGUAUCCUCUCCGUAUUCCCAUCUAAACCUAACCCUCCUCGCCCUUCCCCAACGCAGUCCAUCCUCGCGGACCUUCAAACGACCUCGCACCUCGCUUCGCCUCCGAAUCCCCAAAAAGUCCUCUUGAAAUCCAUCAAGACGCGCCUCGAAGCCGCUUCGCAAUUCACCACCUCCACACCCCCUCGGCAAGAUCUAGCCGAUCAAUAUACGCGUGAAGCGGAACUGUUGCAAAAGUUCGUACAAAACACUGACGAGGGUCUUUCAGGUAUGGGUGAGGAGGACUUGGAGGGUGUGAUCAAAGGUGCUUUGGAGGAGAUUAAGGUUGAGAAAGGAGGGGAGGAAGUUGGAGUCAAGGAUUUGGGAAGGGUCAUCAAGGUCGUGUUGGCGAAGACGAAGGGCAACAUGGGGGGGAAGGGGGUUAGUGAGGCGGUGAAGAAGUUCUUUGAUGCUCAGGUGACGAAAUAG